AUGCGAUUUGGCAUAGUUGUGUUCCCCGGCACCUGGAGCGAUACGGACUGCUAUUACCAGGUGAAGGACAUCCUGGGGCAAGAUGCGGACUAUGUCUGGCACCAGGAGGAAAGCCUAAAGGGCUUCGACUGCGUAAUUCUUCCAGGCGGUUUCUCUUACGGCGACUACUUGCGGGCCGGCGCAAUUGCCCGCUUCGCCCCCGUGAUGAACGCUCUGAACGAAUUUGCCGCCGGCGGCGGGCUGGUCGUAGGGAUUUGCAACGGGUUCCAGGUGUUAUGCGAGGCAGGCUUGCUUCCAGGAAUACUGAUGAGGAACGGCCACCUCGAGUAUCGCUGCCAGUGGACCACCUUGCGCACCGAGCGAACCGACACCCCCUUUUCCAGUCUUUGCAAAAUUGGCCAGACACUGCAAAUUCCCGUUUCACACGGUGAGGGCAAUUACUACGCCGACCCAACCACCCUGGACCGGCUGGAGGUCAACGGUCAGGUGCUAUUUCGAUACUGCGACGAUUCGGGCGAGGUAACUGCCGAGGCCAAUCCCAACGGCUCAGCGCGCAACAUUGCCGGAAUUGUCAACGAAGCCGGAACUGUGCUGGGAAUGAUGCAGAACGAAGUGCGAACCCUCUGGUGGGCCGGCAGCGUAUUUCCCAGACGGAAACCUGAUUUUCCUGUCGAUAAUGCGCCCACUAUUCUUUGCCUCGUGCUGGCUCUUCCUUUCAAUUCCCCGAAUAUCCCCAGUGCUCUGGGCUCACAGCGGCUAGCUCCCCGCUGUCCACGCGUACUUCCUGUAUGGUAA